AUGGAUGCUCUUGUUGGAAACCUAGAAAAGAUUGCUAAACAGAAGCGUUUAGUACCAGCAGAGCAGAUCAUUUGCAAUCUCCUUUUAGAUUUCGAAAAAAAUUUCCCUGAGAAGUUAUCCGAUGAAUUAGGACAAACCUUAGAGAAAGCACUACUUCCAUUAUUCAACAUCAACAAAGGCGAGCUCUCUAUGCAAUGUGCUAACAGAAUUGCCAAGUGUUUAAUCAAAAUUUACGAUACUCAAUCAUCACCAAAAUUAUGGGAUUUAAUCACUAUGGUAACUAAGAAACCAAAUAGUGCAAAUGUCAUAGGUAUCAGUCUAGUCAUCGACAAGCUUGGACAUACAAUCAAAUCUAUGCUUCCUGGCUUAGUUCAAAAACUUAUUCCACUUAUUCCAAAGAUUAAUUACCCAUGCCUUAUGGCAAUCGCAGCUUGCUACAGAGUAGAUAAGAAUGGUCUUAAAGCAAAUGCUGAAGAAGCCUUUAAUAUUACGGCUAAGCACUUUGUCAACUCAAAUGAGACAUUCCAACUCUCCGCAAUUCGUUUAUUCAUUGCAUUAUUAGCUACAGGCGCAGUAUCAACUCAAAAAUUCAUUCACAUUGCGUUUACAAUCAUAAAGAAUGCCACAUCUACAUUUGUUACAGACGAGGCAUGCUUCCUUGUUGCUCAAAUCGCAUACUUACCAUUCUCUCUUAAAGGAAAUGGUCCAGAACAAGCAUCUGAUUUCAGUAUCUCAAAGAAAGGCGGACAGACAGGCGAUAAGUCAUUAUUUGAAGAAGCUUUCAGUGUUCUUACAGCUUUCAAGUCGAAUUUUCCAAUGGUUUUACAGCAUUUCCUCGAUCUUUUACCUCCUCAGACCGUUCAUAAGAAUUUACCACUUCUUUUCAACUACGUUCGCAAGACAAUGCCAAGCGAAGUUGUCCAGCUCAUGUCACUUUUCGGAACUGAUGUCAGAAAAGAAUUAUUUACAUCUGUUGCCAAAGAACAGCCUCCUACAGCAGCCCAACUGCUUCUUUUAAGAGCUUUGCAGUGCGAUUACACGAGUACAAGAGAAAUAGCUGCACUUGCUCUUCAAUUAACACAAGGAGGAAAUUCAAGUGCGAGAAGAACAGCAGCUUCGUACUAUGCCAACCUCUGCAACACACAUCCAGAGCAUGCCCGUCUUUAUCUCGAGACAGCGACCCUUUAUCUUGCAAAACCUCCGGAUAAUAAUCCAAAUGCCGACAACGACUUCCAAGGAAUGGCCACCAUUGCAACAUACAUACUCGGUGCAUCCAAGCAACGUAUGAAAUGGGCUGAUGAACUCGCAGCUCAUAUCGGAGAUUUCCUAAAUUGCGCUUUAGUUCUUACAGACAUCUUCGAUAUCCAGUUCUGGGCUGCCUUUUCAGUAAUGACCGUAUUACCACGUUGUCUUGUCCCUCACGAGUUAGUUGCAAACGCAUUAGACAACUUCAUCUCCUAUUUCGACCAACAGAUUUCAAUAGGAGACGCAAAGUCCAAGAGAAUAAAGAAUCUUGGUCUUGUGAUGGCACUUUUCCUUGUUCAGCACUCAGAUUAUGAACAAGGACCACGUAUUCUCCAAUUAUUGAUGGACCAAUACUGUUUACAAUGCCAGACAAGUAGAUUGGCCGUAUUCUUGGCCGGACCAAAGAUCAUUCCAAAAACUCCUGAAUUGACAUCAAUUGUUCUGAUUCUUUUGGAGCCGAUUCUUAAGAGUGUUCCUUCAUCAGAAUACUCCAGAGAACGUAUCAAAUGUCCAAUGCCUUCAUCAGUUGAUCUCCUCCAGCCAUUGACAUUCAAACAAUACAAUUACGAGAUCAUUUUUGACAAAAUUUCCGCUCCACCUUUCAAUUACUACACAAUUGAGAAUUUCUCAAAUCUCGUAGCAGCUCUUGAACCUAAAGCCGUUGAUGUAUUAGUCAACAGACUGCUCCAUUCAUACGACAAUGCUUUGAUGGGCCACAACCUUUUGUUAAGUAUCGUUUUGGAUCCGAAAACAAGAGAUCUUUUGCCAAGUGGUUUACAUGUCAGUUUGAUCGAUCAAAUGAACGAUAAUGCUGAUUUGAUACAGCAACAGAUAACAGCCGAAGUUAUUGGUAUAUGGGUUAAAGACGACAUUGAUGCAAUUAAUCAAACAAUUAACUAUAUAAAGAAGCAAAGAAAUCGUUCGAAAUGUUUGAUUUAUUCAGCGAUAAUUGCACAUGCUUCUUUAGAUGAAAAUUUGAUUUCUUCAUUGAUGCAUGAACUCAAUGACAUUGCCAAGAAUACAAAUGCAACACCAUACGCACUCCAUGCAUUAUCUGUUUUGUAUUCUUGCCAUUCAGUUAUUUUGUCUGCAAUGAAAGUAACUGAUAUACAACUCCAAGCAAUUAUACAAAUCCUUAACUCUGAGAAUAUUCUCAAACCAUUUAAUUUGUAUUAUUUGAGUUUAUGUUUCCAGAACAUUCUACCUAUUAUUUCUCCUGAAAUACAAGAAUCUAAAGCAGCUGUAAUUCCUGUUUUGAGAUUGAUCAUUCAGGCAUUCAGACAAAUUAAGAUUCCUUUCUCUAUGCAAAUUAUGUUUAGAAUAUUAAGACCUGUUUUCGCUUUCGCAAGAGAUUUAAUUGAUCCUGAACCAAUUGUUUUUCCUUCCCAUCUUGGAGCAUCAAUUCCUUUACAAUUGGCUGCUUGCGGUGCUUUCGCAGAUAUGUUGAAAGUUCCUUCUCCUAAUGAUCCUGAUUUCUUCGAUUUAGUUCCUAAAUUUUUGAUUUUGUUGCAGAGAUCGAGUGAUAAAAGAGCCGACCAAUUCGUAAAUGCUGUUGCGAAUGUCUUCGCAGAAGGAGCACAAGGAAAAGAAGAUGACGAACAAGUCAGAGCCAAAUUGACAGCAUGGAUAAGACAAAUUAAAACAAUAUUAAGUGCUUCGGCUAUUCCGAACACAGGAGAUGCAACAAUCGAAGCUGAUUAUUUAGUGAAAAAUUGCGCUUUGGCUGUUGCAAAAACCAUUCUCCCUGUUUUAUCAAAGAGCAGACCCUUGUUAACAGAAAACCUUGAUGAUUUGAUGACUUCUGUUACUAGAGCUAUUGAAACAGGAAAGAAAGAGUUAGUACAAUUAUCAUUCCAGUUGAUGCAUUUGAUAAUUGUUCAUUUCGAGUCAGUUAUAACAGAUGAUGGCUCAAGAUUGUUGGAAUUAUAUGAUUCACAAUUUGCUAUCGCUGUCAGAUUUGGUUUCCAGUCUGAUUUGAGUCUCUCUGGUCCGUUCUUGAUCAAAUUCCUCUCUUUCCACUACGAAAACUUGAAGAAUAGACCUGAGGAAUUCAUGACGGUUUUAAACGGUUUUAUCAACGGUUUGACAGUUUGCAAACAACGUACAUUUGCUUAUUACGAUAUUUCCAGCCAUUUGUGUUCUAUUGCAAGACAAAACGAAAAUGUCUUCAAAUUAGUUGUCAAUUUUUCAGAAAAACUUGUUCCAGACUUUGGUGAAAUUAUUAAAAGAUCAAUGCAAUUAUGGCGUAAUUCUCCUAAAUGGAAAGAAAUUUCUCAGUUCAGACUCGAUUACGAGAAUUUCUACAGAGAAUUAUCAACAACAUUUGUUUGGUUGCAGCAUUACUUCAAUCUCGACAUAAUUAAAGUCAAUGACUUAGUCGAGUUCUUCAUCCAAGAGAUUUCUAAAUGCACUGAAUCAUGGAGAAUCCUUUCAGCUUUCGAAUCUUUGGCUGCAGCUUUCCUUUAUUACUCAGAUCAAAUAAAUGAAGAACAAGUAAAUCAGGCAAUCUCCGCUGUUCAUCACGCGAACCAGUUGUCAUCACAGCUGCUUUCUUUCGCAUUGCCUUCUUUCCUUUUGUCUUGUUCUAGACUCAUCAAACCAGGAAAUGAUGAAACAUGGUCCCAUUUGAUCCAAUUCGCUCUGAAAAGCACUUUUUCACUUGAAUCCCUCGCUCAUCUUGUCAAGAAAGGUCCUUUGGAAGCUGUUGACAGCCUGUCCGAUGAAAUCAUUGAUAGAGUGUUGAAUGAAUUAACUAAUUCAUCAAUAGAAGAUGAUAAAGCAACAGCUUUCUUCGCUGUUUUCUUUGACAAAUCACCUAAGAAUUGUCAAAAGGUUUUAGAUAAAGUUUAUGAAAAAAUUGACAAAACCGCUCAUUUGAAUUUUGUUCUUGAUGUUUCCAAACGCGCAAUUUUGACUAAGGAUUCACAAGUAGAGACCACAAAGUGCUCUGAAUUAGCAUGGAAGCAGUUCAAGACAGGCGGAAUGGUUUUCUUUGCCGACAUCAUUUUGAAGGACAAAGAAAUCGGAUCUAAAGUCGUAACAAACGACAAAUUUAGUUCGCUGAAGGACUAUUGUUUGAACGACAUCACAAAUGUUGUUGUCUUCCUUCAGUUCUUGAGAUUAUCGAUCUCUUGUUUGACUGAAAACGACCACGAAAAUCUUGUCGCAGCAACAAGUAUUUGCAUCGAAGUUAUCUCUGCUUUUGGUACUGAUGUUCAGCGUGGAAAGGACAUUGUUUCUUGCGCAGUUAAUGCUGUACAAGAUGUUAGAAAGAUUGAUGAGUCCGCAAUUAAAGAAGCAUUCAAGGGCUCAUCACAAAGAGCUAAACAAACAUGUGUUCAGUCAACUGAGAAACAAGUUUCAAAGAUAGAAACAAGGAAGAGAGCAAGAACUCUUAAGACAUUCGGUUCAAUAAAGAGGAAGGAAACUAAUGAUGAUGGUUGGCAAUCUCUUGAUUAA